CUGGAGCUGCUUUUAAAUGGGCAGUGGGUGUACAGCGAUGCGCUGAGGACUAGGAUCCUGCCCGGGGCUGGGGGCGGGGGAGAAGUCACAGUGGCAAGCAGCAGAGGAGAAAGGUGGAUUUACCUGCCGAUUAACACACAUACCCAAGGGCAGGAUGAAUUCCCAUGAAGAGCAGCCUCAGUCAGAUGCAGCUACUGCUGCUGCUACCCCGUCUUCCACCGAUGAUGAUGGGAUGACCUGGUGGUACAAGUGGUUAUGCAGACUCGCUGGCAUCAUUGGGGGCAUCUCGUGUGCCUCUGCUGGCCUCUUUAACUGUGUGACCAUCCACCCUCUCAACAUCGCAGCUGGCGUUUGGAUGAUGUUGAAUGCCUUCGUCCUUUUCCUGUGCGAGGCCCCCUUCUGCUGCCAGUUCAUCGAGUUUGCAAACGCUGUGUCAGCAAGGGCAGACAAACUGCGCCCAUGGCAGAAAGGUGCCUUCUACUGCGGGAUGGCUAUAUUCCCAGUUAUACUGAGCCUGACUCUGACAACUUUAUUAGGCAAUGCCAUUGCCUUUGCGACGGGAGUGCUCUAUGGACUUUCAGCAUUAGGCAAAAAGGGAGACGCCAUCACAUACGCAAGGAUGCAGCAGUUGCAACGGAAGCAAACAAACGAAGAAGGGGUGACAGGAAGUGUCGAACCGCAGGCCGUGUGACAUCACCAUUCCUUUGAGGCCAGUCAUUCCCAUCUCAUUGAAAAGCAAAGCUUGGGAAUUCACUCCAGCCUUAGAAACUGACCUUGGAAUCCUGUGCUGUGAAACUCUUUCAAAACUUCUAAUUUCAAGCCGGAGAGUGCAGAAUGAAAACAUACCUUCCCCUUUCUCCCCAGAACAUUUUUUUUUAAAAAAAACACAUUCAUGCAACACUGUGAAUCUUAUAUGCUGCAACUUUAAGACGGCAGGAUUUAAUGUGGGGACCCUCCCUUCUCCCACCCUGCUCCUUUCUCAGGUUGGUGUGAAACCAAAUAGGGUGAACAAGCCCCAUUUGUCACACCACUGUGGUGGACUCUUAGUCGGCUGUUAAAAGGCAGUGUUGCAACAGCCUUUUGAUACAGUUUUUGCAGCUCAAUACAGUACUUCUGAGAUCAUCAGAAGCCACAUUGUGGGCCUUGAUUUUAUUUUCACAUUUGGGGUGAUGGGGAAGCUAUUUUGGGAGCUGGAAAAUGUGGUACCAAAUCAAUUCUAGGACCUCAGCGUUGAAUAUUUGAGCCACCAAUCCAGUCUCUGAUUUGGUGUUUUCCUUUAGUUACAAACUUUGGGAGCUUGAUGGAACUUGCUGUCUUCCUACUUUAGAGUCUUGUUUUUUUUUUCCUCUGCAUUGCAGAGAAUUAUUCCUCUGAUGAAUUUUUAGACCCAUUUCUUUAGUAAUUUAAGAACUGAGCAAACUGUGUUGAUUUGUGAGAUGCAUUUUCUUAAGGAGAGAAAUUACAGUGGUACCUCUGGUUAAGAACUCAAUUCGUUCUGGAGGUCCAUUCUUAACCUGAAACUGUUCUUAACCUGAGAUACCACUUUAGCUAAUGGGGCCUCCUGCUGCGCCGCCGGAGCACGAUUUCUGUUCUCAUCCUGAAGCAAAGUUCUUACUAUUUCUGGGUUAGCAGAGUCUGUAACCUGAAGCGUUUGUAACCCGAGGUACCACUGUACUUGAAAACCCUUAGUUUGUUUGCAUUUGGUCUUUUUCCUUUUAGGAUUCUUCAGCAGUGAGGGGGGGGAAUACCUUUUGCUGUGGGGGAAAAGGAUAACUUUUUGGAGUGAUAAUGGCUUCCGAGGGUGGAAAGGGCAGCCGUUAUUGCAUCCCAAAGUCUAGCAAAGGACCCCCUGCUUCCUUGAGAGAACUGUCACUCUCACUUUGCAGCAAAGAUGGCCAGGGGUGGCAUGAGAGAAUUAUUGGUUUACAAUACCUCAAAGCAUUUCAAGUUAAGGGCCGCAGUAAGCCCCGUCCCCCAUAAAAAACACUUGAACUGCAAUUAUAGGCAUUUUUUGUACAUGUUAAAAGCACAAAUCUUAGGUUCCAUAAUGCAAUACUGUAAAAUGGUUCAAGCAGUUGGCCAGUUUUGUUUCUGGUCACUGCUUUUUAUAACUGGAAAAAACUUCCUUGCCCUGAAAUGCUAUGCAGUUGCAAUCUUCUUAGCUACUGCUUAACCUGUUUGACUACUUGAUAAUUCCACUUUCCGUAUUUAUACCCUGUAGCUAUAAAUUUAAUUUAUUAUUCCUUUUCCUAGUAAUUUGCUUUGGAAAGCAUAAAAAAACGUAUUAUUAUUCUUUAUUUGGAGUUCCUCGAACUGUUCUGGUGGGGAUCUGUUCUCUUGGCAUAUAGAACAUGAUACUGUACAGGUGCUUUCAUUUGCUGGGAAACCAUUUCUGUCUUGUAGUGGUAGGUCACUCUCUUUUUAGGAAGAGGAAGACGGGGCUAGUUGGGAACUGAGUAGGGCACAGAAAUAGUGUGAAGUACUAAUUAAGUCUAUAGAUGUAGUUGAUACAGGGGUGUGUGAGAAUCUUACUUGCCAGGUGCAAUGUUGUGUUCCACCGCUAAGGGUCAGUAUUUUCAAAUGCAUUUUCAAAAAGAAGUGAUGGUGUUAUAAGCUUCCUUUAGGAGGAAAUGCUUUGCUAGAGAUUCCCAUUUCUUGUUGAAAGAUAAGGUUUCAGAGGAAGGGACCUUUGUCAAAUAGCUCACCCCUGUCUCUGAAGAGUGAACAAAGCUGGAUCACUGCCAUUUUGAAACAGCAUAAAAAGAAUGAGGCAGUCUCUUCUCAGGCGUAGUUAAUUUUUGCGAAUAAUUAUUGGAGACUCUGGAUUCUACAUUGUAAGAAUUUCCUUUUCUUUUACUGUGAUGUAUAACGGAUGGUAUUUUCUUGUUUCUAGGAUGUGUACUGCACAAUAUUGUCUGAUUUUUCCCUUCAGGAACAUACCACUUGUAUUCACCAACACCAUCUUUCAAGCAGAUUGAAACGCAAUAAUUUAAUUCUAGGGUCCCUUCUGAAAUUUGUAAUUAAUGGCAGAAUGAAAAGCUGUUGUUUGAAAGACCGUGCAUGCAUCCUAGUGCAGGGGCACAGAACGCUUCUCAGCUUGAGGGCCACAUUCCCUUUUUUUGACAACCUUCAGGGGGCCACUUAGCAGAGGCAAAAGUGGGAGAAACGACAGGUGUAAACUGUACCUUUGUACAGUAGGCAAGUUUCAGCACACACACUCCCUACUUUCUUCCAUCCUGGCAAGCAAGCAAGGGCUCUAGGACACAUUUCAGCCUGGCAAAACCACUUGAGGAUGUGAUGCAGGGCUGCUGAAGGGUGUGGCUUGGGGAGCUUUCUGAAGGCCGGCUUGAGAGGCCUGGAGGGCCACAGCUGGCCCCCUGACCCUGAGGUUCCCCACCCCUGCUGUUAAGGGGCCUCAGCAAGAGCUGUGCUGGAUCAGACCAAAGGCCCAUCUACGGUACUUCAGCAUCCUAGUCUUAUAGCGGACAACCAGGUGCUUGUGGGAAGCUCACAGGAACAGACCCAAGCAAAGCACAACAGCACUCACAAGUGAUUCCCAGCAAGUGGCACUUAGGAUGUAAACCGCCUCGAGACCUGCAGGUAUAGGAUGGUAUAUAAAUUCAAUCAACAACAACAACAACAAUGCGGCUGUGGCCAGUAGCCUUAUUACCCUUCACAAAUUUGUCUUAACCCAUUUUAAAGCCAUCUUUGUUGGUGCCCCUCAUGGAACAACUCUCUGGAGUAAAAUCCAUAGCUCAACUACGUGCUGUGUGAAGAAGCCUAUCUCGUGAAUUAUACGAUGCACUAGUGGAGGGAUAUUGUGUAGAGUAUGUCCCCUAGAUGUUCUUGCACUACAAUUCCCAUCAGCCCCAGCCAACAUGGGCAAUGGCCAGGGAUUAUGGAAGUUAGAUUCUGGAAGGCAACUGGCUGGUCAUCCCUGGCCUACAGGAUAAGCAACCAUGAACAGGUGGCCUCCUCCUUUUCAAGGAUGUGAAGCUGCAGGGCCCAUGAGGCAGAUGAAGCAGCCCACCUUAGCCAGUGGAAUCCCAUGGGUUAGUGCCGGGGUUGUGCCGCCAUGGUAGCAACUAGAAGUUACCAUGCAGCUCCAGUAAGUGAGGCUUUGAGGGGGCGCUGCUGCAAGGGCGCACCUCCCCGUUUCUCCUCAGUUGGCAAAAUGGGAUGGGCCACUUCUGUGAAGCUGAGACUGCUGGCUUGCAUCACUGGUCUACGGGGAAAGGGUUGAUCUGAGUAAACCAGUUUUUAUUCUGUGUAGAAUCCCUUGACAACCACUCGUUUGCUGAACCUGCCUGUCACUGAUCCUCUUUUUGUGUAUGCAGUGAAUAAAAAGACCAUUCUACCUCUGGUAAUAAGUUCUUCAGUUUCAAAAGCUACUUACUACAGUGGAAUGUGUGUGUGUUUGUGUAUGUAUGUGCUUCCUGCUGCUAAAGAAUGUACUCUGGAAACAGAAAAAGCAGGAUGCAUUCUAUAGAGCUGAUUCCUGUGGAUUAAAGAGCUUCUAACCUUUUUGAUCUUUUCAGAGCUAUUUCAGACUUAGAGGAGCUACUUCCUAUCUUAUGAA